AUCUCUUCCUAGUAGAUGUGGACAGGAAGAAGAGCUGCUGGGUGAGGGCUGUCGUUUUGGCUGAGGAAAUAAUGGAGAAAGUCCGUAAAGUUGAGAACGAAAAGCUGCGGGAUUCAUGGAGUCAGUGAGCUUUUAAAACUCUCUUUUAGUCCGGACUAACAGAGCUUUAUUUUGGAGCUUCCUUUCAUACCGCCAUGCUGCGGUGCUUUCUCCAUUAGCUGCCUAUGGAUUGCUAGCUGCUAACGCUACAUACCAGAGCACCUGUCUCCAGCCUCUUUGUCUUGCUCCAUUCUGUGUCUUCAGGUCCUCUUGUCUGUCACUUCUCUGAACUUGGUACCGUAAACGUUAGUGGUUUUUUCUGCUCACAAGGCUUUUGUCACUGCCAUCCGACCCGUGCUGCCAAGGACCGGACAAGGAAGAUGGACUGAUAGCUGUUUCCAUCCAGAAAUGUCCGAUACGAACUGUGUAUGCGUCCCGCUGGAUAUUUAUAAACUCAGAUAUUUCCGACAGUAAGACAUGGCGUCCUCCAACGCAAGGGUUGGAGUCAACAGUGAGUCCAACUCCUUGAAAGAAAGUAAAAGCAACGGGAGCGGUCCAGUUGGGGAAGCGUCUGUAAAUCACCGGAUAUACUGCCUGGAUGACCUGGAGACCGUUGCCACAGUCGGCACAGGGACUUUUGGCCGAGUCUUCCUAGUCAAGGACAAGAAGAGCCAGGCCUUCUAUGCCCUGAAGCAGAUGAAGAUCCCCGACGUGAUCCGACUGAAGCAGGAGCAGCAUGUCCACAAUGAGAAGGAGGUGCUGACAGAGGUCAACCACCCCUUUCUCAUCCGACUGUUCUGGACUCACCAUGAUGAGCGCUUCCUCUACAUGUUGAUGGACUACGUGCCGGGCGGCGAACUGUUCAGCUACCUACGCAGCCGCGGGCGCUUUAGCAAUACCACGGGCCUCUUCUAUUCUUCUGAGAUCGUAUGCGCCAUCGAAUACCUUCACUCCAAAGAAAUUGUCUACCGUGACCUGAAGCCUGAGAACAUCCUGCUGGACAGUGAAGGACACAUCCGCCUAACCGACUUCGGCUUCGCUAAGAAGCUCUCUGACAGGACCUGGACUCUGUGUGGCACUCCUGAGUACUUGGCCCCUGAAGUCAUUCAUAGCAAAGGUCACGGCCGAGCGGUGGACUGGUGGGCUCUGGGCAUCCUCAUCUUUGAAAUGUUGGCCGGGUACCCACCGUUCUUUGAUGACAACCCAUUUGGAAUCUACCAGAAGAUCCUCGCUGGAAAACUGGAGUUCCCACGCCAUCUGGAUUUCUAUGUCAAAGACCUCAUCAAGAAAUUUCUGGUCACUGACCGAGCCAGACGGCUAGGCAACAUGAAGAAUGGAGCAGAUGAUGUGAAGAAGCACCGCUGGUUCAAGACAAUUGACUGGGAGGCAGUUCCUCUGAGGAAACUGAAGCCUCCUAUAGUUCCUAAAGUUUCCCAUGAGGGCGACACCUCCAACUUUGAUGUUUACCCAGAGGAUGACUGGAAGAAAGACCCUGCUGUGCCUCAGAGGGACUUAGAGAUAUUCAAGAACUUCUGAUCAGUCAGCCUGUUUUAUUUAUUGAUGGAAUAUCCUGAGAAUUGACCCAAUAUAUUGUAAAUUUACUGUUACAGGUACUACUACAUACAUUUAUCAGUGCAGGGAGUUACAUUUUAUCUGUUAUAAUGGCCUUGCUACACACAAACUCCAAAUAGUUGAUGCUGUGACAUUUAUCAUACUGCAGAGAUGAUUUGCUUUUUAUAUGUUUAUUUAUCUGACUAAAGUCAAUUUUUUUCUGUUAUAAUUUUUUUAUCAGUUUUUUUUUUCCUUUCUCUGAGCCUGCGCAUAUGCAAAAAAUUUGGUUCCUUUGAAACCAAAAGACUGUUACUUUCUGGGUUUAAAAAAGAGAAUAAUCAGGUCUUUUUUUAUAUUGUCAUGUUUUAUAUUUUUCUCUCUUUCAAAUGUUCAUGUAGUCAUGUUUAAUGUGACUCCAGUUGGUGCUGUAACUGUCAGCUGGCCAGUGGUCAUUAAUGUGGAGUUUUAGACUUAUUAUACUGUAUGUAGUCAAGAGUCAGAAGGUUUAUUUGAAAAUGUGUGACCAGUAGCACUUGUAAAAAGGUGCCUUACAUCGCAGUUUGAUGGGCACGAUGUCUCGCAAUUACAUAAAAUUCACUUGAAAACCGU